AUGAGCGUCGUGCCAGACGACUCGAUCCAGGAGUACAGGGAGUCCAAGACCCCUCUCUCCUCGGACGGAUCCGCCUCGCCCGACAUGCCCCCGCGCACCUCGCACGCCGACUUGAUCAACGAAGCUCUGUACCCAAGCGACUCGUACACCGCCGACGGAACCUACUGGGCCGACCUCCCUGCCGCCCAGCGAUGGAAGUUUGCGACGACCCAGUUUAACCAGGAGUCGAGGCGCGAGGUCAAGUAUGUCUGGGACAUGUUCAAGGCGGACCCGAUGCAGCCUUUUAGGGCGUACUGGAGGAAGUAUGUCUUGACGGGAAUGGGACUGUUCGUCGAGGGCUACGUCCUCUUCUCGAUCGGCAACCUGUCGGCGCUCUUCUCGUCCGCCUGGCCGCGGUGCUGGAAGACCUUUGCCGUCUGCGACGAGAACUGGGUCAACGCCGUCACGUACCUCGAGAUUCUUGGUAUCAUCGUCGGACAGUGCUUGGUCGGCUACGAGGGUGACUGGAUCGGCCGCAAGUUCGGACUGUGCCAGGACGCCCUCGUCAUGCUCAUCGGCUCGAUCCUCUUGACCGGCGUCUGGGGCACGUCGCUCAACGGCUGGGUGAUCGCCUACGGCUGGUCGCUCUUCAUCUACGGCAUCGGCGUCGGCGGCGAGUACCCCAUGACUGGCACCAAAGCUCUCGAAUCGAACGUCUUUGGCCCGGAAGGAACGCGCGACGACCGUCUCCACCGCGGACGUAACGUUGUCGGCAGUUUCCUCAUGCAGGGAUGGGGACCGGUGUUCAACCAAUGCGUCCUCCUCAUCUGCUUGAUGAUCUUCCACUCGGGCAAGACGAACCCUCCUUUCUCCCCCCGCACCGCCCAAGCGACUUACCGCGUCCAGUUUGGUCUCGCGGUGAUCGUCCACUUCUGGUUGCUCUACCACCGAUUGUACAAGGUGCACGACGCGGACGCCCUUCUCUCGACGACAAAGAAGAGGCAGAACGUCUCGGGAUACGACGUCCAUUCGUUGAGGUUGUUGAUGAGCCACUACUGGGGUCGCCUCAUCGCCACGGCUGGAUCGUGGUUCGCCAACGACGUCUUCUUCUACGGUACCAAGGUCUUCUCGUCGACUUUUAUCGGCAUCAUCCACCCUGGCGCAUCGCUCGUCGUCACCUGGGAGUACAACCUCAUCAACUUGGCCGUCUCGCUCUGCGGGUACUACCUCGCCUUCAUCUUUAUCGACCACAAGCUCUACGGCCGUCGCAAGAUGCAACAAGUCGGCUUCGCAUUCGACUUCCUCAUCUACCUCUUUGCCGCCAUCUUUUUCCACCAGUUGCGCGUCAAGGGCGCGCCCAUCGCUGCGUUCCAGUUCAUGUACCACUUCUCGUCGUUCUGGAACCAGUUCGGUCCGAACUGCGUCUCGUUCCUCGUCGCGGGCGAGUCGUUCCCCGCCUCGAUCCGUUCCACCGCCCACGGCUUCUCUGCUGCGUGCGGCAAGCUCGGCGCCCUCGUCCCGACCGUCUUGUUCCACUACCUCGACGACCGGAGCAAGCUCUGGUUCGCGAUGCCCUUCGGCGCGCUCGGAGUGUUUGUUACGGCUGUCUGGUUGCCCGACACGACUGGCCUCGACCUUCGCGAGCAGGAGAGGUACUGGCGCUGCGUUCGUGCUGGAAAGCCGGAGCUCUACCACGGUAUUGCGAUUCAUCCGCACCACCUCUCGUGGUACGAGCGCGUCGUGCUCAAGCGUCACCGCUUCUAUGACCCGGUCCAAGACCGCCUCGACCGCAUCGACGAGCUCCGAGUCCUGUACGAAUCGUCGCUCAUCGCCGAAUCCGACGAAUCAGCCCACGACGUCGACCACUCUUACAUCACCCCUUCCGUCGCCGAGUACUUCCGCCGUGAAGCGCCGACGGAGGAGAGGAUCCAGAGGCAGAUCACGAAGGAGCGGGCGAUCAGGGGCGAGGGUGCGCCGACUGAGAAGGUGUACCCGAGUAGGUUGGAGGAUACGCUCGGUGGGAUUUGA